AUGGCCGAUCACGAGAACGGCGAACAGAAGCCAGACGGAAUUGGACCUCCAUCACAACAGCAACAUCCAGACAACAAUAAUAUGUCAUCCGCGCCACAGGCACACCAGCCACCACCACUAGUCCAACAGCAACAACCACCUCCACAACAUCAUCAGCAAGACCAUCAUCCUCAGGAGCAUAAACAGCAGCAGCAACAGCGCGACGAUGUUUGCCGAGAUUUUCUCAAAAACAUUUGCAAUCGCGGCUCGCGCUGUAAAUUUUAUCAUCCAUCCGAGGCACCGCCAGCCAGCGAUCACGAUUACAAUUUCUGCAUAGACUAUCAGAACCGAGGCUGCCAGCGCGACAAUUGUCGAUUCGUGCACGCGCCACGCGACGAGGUGGAGAGAUACAAGAACACGCGCGAACUGACGCUUAUCCUGGCGCGAGCCAUCGCCGCCGUCGGCCACGGCGACACUAUCGGCGGCAUUCCGAUUUGCAAAGAGUUCCAAACGGGCCGAUGCGCUCGCGGCGUCAAUCGCUGUCGUUAUUGGCACGUGAAUGUGGAUUUGGAGAGGGAUCGCCGUUCGCGAGGACUUCCACCGACCAACGAGUUCGGAGGACCUAGUGGAGGAGGUGGAGGUGGAAGUGGAGGAUCUGGAGGACGAUUCCCACCACCACCAAUAAUGGGAGGAUUCGGAGGUGGUGGGGGUGGAGGUCGUCGUCGUCCCUACGAUGACUACGAUAACGAUCAAGCCAAACGAGGAAGAUAUGCACCGGAUGAUCGUCUGAUGGAGUUGGAAAAGAGGAAUGCGGAGCUAUCGAAAGAAGUGGAUUCUCUCCGACGGGAACUUCAGAGGGAGCACGAUAGAUACGAGGAUCUUUAUGCCCUAUUCCGUCAGCAAAGUGGUGGAGCACCGGCGCCACCCAAGGCUCCGCCAGUCGGCGAUUACUAUGGAACCCCAUGGGGACAAAAGCCGGGAUGGUGA